GUGAGUCAGUCAGUACCCGCACACUGCCAGCUAGCGCUCUUCCACUGCGAGAGCGAGCACCGAGCAGCAGCGCACAGCAGCGUCGAGGGGAGAGGAAGUGAGCUCCAGCCUGCUCGCUCUCUCCGGCCGGUGCCUCGUUUCCUUGCCGCUGCGCGCCUCGGCAAGCUGCAGCUAGUGGCCAUGGGUGGUGGCGCGGCGAGGAGGGUGGCCGUGGCGGCGCUGGCGGUGGCGGUGCUGGUCGGCGUGGCGUCGGCGGCCGUGUACGAGGUGGGCGACAAGGCCGGGUGGACCGUCAUGGGCAACCCCAACUACGCCGCCUGGGCCAGCUCCAAGAAGUUCCAUGUCAACGACGUCGUCGUGUUCACGUACAACAAGCAGUUCCACAACGUGGUGGCGGCGAGCAAGGCGGAUUACAAGAACUGCGAUGCCAGCAAGCCGAUCGCCACCUGGUCUACGGGCAACGACUCCGUCGUCCUCAAGACCGCGGGCCACCACUACUUCCUCUGCGGCUUCCCGGGCCACUGCGCCGCCGGCCAGAAGGUGGACAUCCGCAUCGCCGCCUCCUCUGAUGCCCCUUCCGCGGCGCCCACCCCCGAGCCCGCAGCCGGCGGCGGCUCCAAGCCCUCCAGUGGCGCCACGGCCGCGCCGGCGCCGCACCCCAACGCCGCGCCCCAGGCCCUCCCCGCAGGCAGCUCCGUCGCCGCCACCGUCGCCGCGUCGCUGCUCUCCCUGGCCGCGGCCGUGCUGGCCUGAGCGUGACCAGGGGCUCCGUAGUGUCGGUUAGGGGGUUGGCGCCAUUGUGAAUUGAAUUGAGAGCUCUGCUGUGUCUGUUGCCGUUUGAGCAGGAGCGCCUGGACCUGCGUUCGUUUUGCUGUUUUGCCCUUGUGGUUCUGUGGAUCCUGGCCUGCCUUGGGGAUUUCUUCCUGUUGUCAAUUAAUUUCCUCAUGCUUUCAUGCUUUGAGCUCUUCGUUCA